AUGUUACCUGCAGAAGAUACCGGAGGUGAAGGCGGCACAGGUGAAGCAACCGGAGGCGGAUGCGAAGUCGGUGACGACGUUGCCGACCGAAUGGAUGCAGACAAAAUCAGAGGAGGAGGAGAAAGUGGUGGAAGAGAACCGACGUCGAUGAGGGAGCCGAAGGGCUUGGCUGCCGGCGACGAUGUCGGAGACGACGUUGAUGUCGGAGGCGGUGUUGUAGAUCGGAGGAAGUGGACGAUUAUUGGAGAUCGGGACCCAAUUCAAAACAACUACAUGAAGAAGUUCAUAUUGAAAUUGGAUUUGCAUGAUGAUAAAGAGAAAAGAAAAGCUCUAAAGAGUGUAUCCACUCUCUCAGGGAUUGAUUCAAUCACGAUGAACAUGAAGGAUAGAACAUUGAUAGUUGUCGGAACUGUUGAUCCAAUCAGUGUUGUGAGCAAACUUAGAAAGUUUUGGUCGACAGAUAUAAUAUCAGUGGGUCCCGCUAAAGAACCAGAGAAGAAAGAAGAACCAAAGAAGGAAGAAGGUAAGAAAGAUGAAGCAAAGAAGGAUGACAAGAAAGAAGAACCGAAGAAAGAAGAAGAGAAGAAGGAAGAAGGGAAAAAAGAAGAACCGAAAAAGGAAGAACCGAAAAAGAAAGAAGGUGGUAAGGAGGAAGAGAAGAAAAGCGCACCACCACAACAAAUGAUCCCGAUGCGUAUGCCACCACAAUAUAGACCAUAUUACCCUCCAAUGAACGCCUACUAUAAUAACUACCAACCAAAUUACCAACCACAUUACCAACCACCUUAUCAACCACAUCACCACAGUAUAGAGGAGAAUCCAAAUGCGUGUGUGAUCUGUUGAAAUGAUUGCACAUCAAGAAUACUUUUUCAAGCAACAAGUUUUGGAUCGAAAGCCGAAAUACUAUCUUGACCUAUAAGGUCAAGGGGUAAAAGUUGUAUAUUGUUCGGGGUUUUCAUAAUUUUUGGGUGGUGUCUAUAUGCAUUAUCUUGAUGCAAAAGUUAAGGCACAAACGCCUAAAAAGCAUAGAAGUU